AUGCUAGACACUGUAAUGAAGGAUUAUGUGGAUGGGAAUGUGGUCAAUUCUCAGAAAAGGAAGAAGGAAUUCAAAAUACUUCAGGAGACCCUGCUGCUCCAGGUGGCUGGAAAUAACUAUAACCCUCAUGCCCAGGAGCAGUCUGGAGCCAAUUCCAGGCCACGGAGUGGCUCAAAUGCUCUCCUGGGCAGCCUCAUGGUCUUUGCCACCUUCCUGACUUUGUGCAAUGCACAGUGCUAUGUCAUACCCGCUGAGAAAAUUCCAGGCAAUACAUCCAGUGAAUGCAAGGAUCUCGAUGGAGUCAAACACCCGCUGAACUCAAAGUGGAAGACGAAGACAUGUGAGAUGUGUUCUUGCAAAGAGGAUGGAAUUCACUGCUGCAGUAUUAUUACUACACCUGUGGGCUAUGACACAACCAAGUGCUGGAAAACCUUCAACAAAGAGACCUGCAGCUAUACCGUGGUGGAGCAGAAGGACCCAGGAAAGACCUGUCCGGUCAGUCAGUGGAUAAAGUAAUGUGCUUCUAGUGGGCCCAGUGCUCCCAGCCUGAGGGUGCCCAGGCCCCCCAGGCCAGGCCUCAUUCUCCUGUGACCUCUAAUUGUCUACGAUUGUGUAGCCCUUCCUAUCAUUAAAAAAAUCUUUGAGCAAAUA